AACCUGAUGUGUCCAUAAAUUGUCCAUUUGGAAUUAUCGGUGGCAUCGGUUUGAUUGUUGGUGUUCAGAUAUAUUGGCCUGCAUUUGUGAGAUCUUGUAAGGAUUGUAUUUCCGAACAAGCGAAAAGCGCUCGGCAAUUAGAGUAUGAAUAUCAAAUUGAUAAAAGUAUUAUUGAUGGAAUUCCACCUCUCGUACCUUGUCCAGAUGAUGGUGGUAAGACACAAUAUUAUUGGUUGCCUCAUGCAAUUUCCGUGCAAAGGAAAUUACAAACUGAAUCGAAUUCGGAUGAGCCAAAACUAGAGAUUGGUCAUCUUAACGAAGAGAAUAUUGAACGUCAUCUUUUGGUAACGCAAUAUUGGAAAGAGCAAGUUUUGCAUCAGCAAAACAAAGUUCAAACAAUUGUUAGAGAAUUUUACGAGAAAAAAAUGUUAAACACAUCAGAUAUCUUUACGAAUAAUCCAGUGAUUAAAAAUAUUAUGGGCAAAAUUUUGAUCAAUCCAUUUGUUGAGCAAGAUUUCAAAUCAUUUAUUGAAGAACUUAAAACGGUUGUGAAAAGAGAUAAUCAUUUGACAAAUCAUAGCGAGUACGGACAUUCGACUAUGGAUGUUAAGUCUUCCAAAGAUUCUAAACCUAAUAAACCACAAAGGAAAAAUUUGAAGACAUACCCAUCUGAUUAUGAGCCUGUGAAAAAAGAAAAGGAGGUGAAAAAAGAAAAAGAGGAUUCAGUGCCUUUCUCAAAAUAUCCAUUCGAUCAUGGAACACCAACAAUCAAACCGAUGCCACCGAUAAUUCCAAAUGGACAAUUUAUGGACACAUCAG